AUGAAAUCUGAAGUUAAAAAUUGGAGCACAAACUGCUUAGAAUUAGUUUUGGUGCGAUUGGAUUCAUUAGAUGAGAGAUUUGCAGAAGUGUUAAAAUGUGUAGAAGAACGCCAAAAGGAAUUACAAGAUAAAAUGUUGAUGAUUGAGAGAUAUUUGGAUGAAAUAAACUUGAUUUUGGAUAAGAAAAAACAAUGUAUUGUGAUUUGUAACUUGAAUGAAAAGGUAAAUUUGAUGGUCAAAAACUAUUCAAACAACUCUAAAAACAUCUUGGAGGAGUUUAAAAAACGUUUAAACGAAGGAGUUAAAACGUUGUUUGAGUCAUCCAAUUUGUACUCAGAAGUUGAUAAGUUUAAGGGCGAUAUAGAAUUUUUAAAUGAAAAGAAAGAUACACUUUCCGAGUUAAUUUGCCUUAACAAUUUACACAUCGAGAACUUAAACACAAAUUAUCAAAAUUCAGUAAAAAAUAUUGUCAAAGCAAUACAAAUCGAAACGAACAAAUUAAGUCAAGCCUUCAGAAUAUAUCAACAAGUUUUUUCUUUACACAAUUAUAUAUUAUAUUGAUAAUUUUUGAUAAUGUAUCAGAUAAAACAAAUAUCCAAAGAUGAGUUCACAGAGUAUAUAAUAUAUAUUCCUAUAAGAUUGAGGAAUGCAAAGGAUGAAAUAAGUGAAUCAUUAAACAGAAUGAAGACUGAAAGAGAAAAGGAAGAAGAUUCAGUCUUGAAUCAACUUGAAAUUGCAAUGGAAAAGUUUGAUAACGUUAGACUUUAACUGCUUUGUAGUAUAUGUAAAAACUAAUAUGUUACAAAAUACACUUGG